UUUCCUUCUUUUUCGUUUUCGUGCCGAGUUUGUACUGACGUAGGUGUACAUCUCUGCCGUCUCUACCUCAAAAGUCUUAUAACCGUACGACUAACGUGUUAUUACUUAUUAUUACUACAACUACCUACAACACUAGUGCUCCUCGCAGUUACCUUUUAUUAUUAAUUAUAUUUUUUUGUUAUUACUUUUGAAUUCCGUGUUACGACUAAAUAUGUUUUCCAAAGUAUUCAAGAACAUCGUUAACCAAGGAGUUAGACAGUAUUCUUCAAAGAAAGGUUUAAAAGUAACAGUAUGUGGAGGUUCAGGCGGCAUCGGUCAACCCUUGUCCUUAUUGUUGAAACAAAGUCCACUCAUCACGGAUUUAGCUAUUUAUGAUAUUGCUCCAGUAACUCCUGGUGUGGUUGCUGAUCUAAGUCAUAUGGAUACCAACUCAAAUGUAACCAGUCAUGUUGGAUUGGACAACUUAAAAGAUGCAGUUGCUAAUACCGAUGUAGUUAUUAUCCCAGCAGGAAUUCCUCGUAAACCUGGUAUGACCCGAGAUGAUUUGUUCAAUACAAAUAUUUCAAUUGUAUGCGAUAUUAUUAAGGUUAUUGGACAAGUCAGUCCUCAUGCUCUUGUUGGAAUUAUAUCAAAUCCAGUCAACAGUGCUGUACCAGCUGCUGCGGAAAUAUUGAAGAAACUUAAUGUUUAUGAUCCAAAAAGAUUAUUUGGUGUGACCACUUUAGAUAUUGUCCGAUCUAACAGAUUCAUUGCUGAACUUAAAUGUCUUAAUGCUACCGAUGUCAACGUUCCAGUAAUCGGUGGACAUUCCGGACCAACAAUAAUUCCCUUAAUAUCUCAAUGUACACCUCAAGUGAAGUUUGACCAUGAUGUGCUCGUAAAACUUACAAAACGUAUUCAAGAAGCUGGUACUGAAGUUGUACAAGCUAAAGCCGGAGCCGGCUCUGCAACCCUGUCUAUGGCGUAUGCAGGUGCCAAAUUUACAACUUCUAUGUGUAGAGCAAUUCUUGGCGAACCAAAUGUCGUAGAAUGCUCAUUUGUAGAGUCGACAGUAACUGAUUCACCAUACUUCAGUACACCAGUUCUCAUUGGGAAAAAUGGAAUUGAAAAGAACUUCGGCAUGGGUAAUCUGUCUGAUUUUGAAAAAGAAUUACUAAAGGCUGCCUUACCCGAAUUGGCUUCCAACAUUAAGAAAGGAGCAGAUUUUGGCAAGAACUACAAAUAAAUGUCAUUAUAAAUAGAUUACUUUAAUUCCGAUCCAUUGUAUUAUUUACAACCACGUACUACUACUUAAAAGUAUUUAAAUUGAAAAUAUGUCCUCUCUUCGUUAUACUUCUACAUGACAACAUUUUAUGUUUACCGAAUAUUAUUAUAUACAAGAUUUAAGAUUUUACCCUAAAUUAAAUUAUAAACAUUAGACAUAUGA